UGUGUUUUAUUAAAGUUAAUGAUAUCUUAUAAUCAGAUACAUAAUAAAUAAUUGGUGAAAAUGAUAAUUUUCAUAAACUUUGUAAUAAUAAUUUUGAGUUCUCUCUCUUUCAACACUUAAAUACAACAAACUAUGUUUUACGAAAAGAAAUGAGAUUAUAUAAAAUAUGAUACUCUCUAAAUUUUUUUAAUGAAAUUUUACUCGAAGAGUAGAGUGACCGUCGAUUUACUCGAAUUCGACUCUUCACUCAGAAUAAAUUUUUCGUUCUAAAUCGUUGAGUGAAUAUUUUUCUAAAUUAAGGAGUAAAUCUGAUGUAUCUCAUUAUCACACAAGAAUAUAUUCACUUUAAUAUUGAUUAAAACAUUUGCUCACAUUACGUCAGAAUUCACUCUCGCGAUUUUGAGUGGCGGUAUUUUCGCUUGGAGUGAAAAUAUUGUCGCUUUUCGCUUGUUUCGAAUAAUAUUAUUAUUUCGAAUUAUAUUAUAUUAUUUCAAAUAAUAUCACUCCAAGAAAUAUAAAGAGUAUAGUUUGUGUUUUCUUAUAUUCGAGAAUCAGGAACUCGUGAUGUUUCGUUUACUUUAUUUAUUUUGCUUUAUUUGUUUUGAUUGGUGGACAGUUUAGAAAUCCUUGUGUUUUCUUUUCUCUGUCGACGAAGGUGACAGGAGAAUAAUACGCGUAAUAGUGAUAUGGUUGCGCCGAGGGAAAAAGUUUCUGUACUUACGUGAACAUGAGCUAACGGUACGGUAAUUAUCAACCGAGCGGUUUUGCUUAGCGAGUUCUUCAUUCGUUACGCGUACACGCCGUUAAAAGGGGACUAAGCGUAAAGGAUCAGACAUCUUCAGAGUAGACGGCAGCGUGAUCACGAGCGAGGUCCUCCAAGGUUACGACCCUCAGUUCAUGGUGGGCUGUUACUUUCCUGCGGAAUUCCAGGGCGAAUUCGUGACGCAGGUGAGCGGAAAGGCUGGAGGCACGGCGGACGAGCCCAUUGAGUAUUCUGCCAUGAACAUCACCUUCAACGCGAUAUCAAUAUGGGGCUACUGCCACAAGAGGGUCGGCGAUAACGUGCUGUUAAUGGACAGCGAUGACGGCAGGGACUGCCUACGAUGUUUCCGGCCGAUACGGAGGUCGCGGAACGUCAUCGAGGUGUUCUCGGAAGCCGUCAACAGGUGUUACACGUCCGAGUCGGCUGCCUUGGCCUCCUGCGACACACUGAACUCUGCAUCGAUCCUGUACCGAACGAAAGAAAUUGGCGGUCAGGAUAUCCGGAACGAGUACUGCCCAAUCGCCGGUUUCUAUCACUUUAAGUACAGCGUCAACAACGGAUCCACGACGUCGUUGGAAUGCAACACGUUUUUCUCCGACUUCAAUAACUGCCCGGAUGGCUCGGUCUUACGUUUGAGCUUCAAACGAUGUUCUUUUGAGCAACGCGAUCUCACAUUGAAUUGUUUGGGCAGCUGGCCUGGACCAGGUGGCUCUAAUUAUCUUGCUCUUUGGGACAACAACUCUACCGAAGGCCAGCCUCGCUACAGAUGCGGGCUGUAUCACGUUGAUAACAAAAAGGGGAAGACCUAUAUGGCGUUCAGCAGUGACUCCAGUUGCAUGCAGAAUUUAGAUAAUUCAACCAGUGGAUAUGAGACUCUGAUUCUGAGCAAAAGCCCGAAUCAGAAGAAGGUGCCAGGUUACGUGAAGACUCAUGUCGCUACAUUCCCGAAAUGGGCGCAAGGGUUGUGGGAGGAAUCACUCAUAGUUAAUGGAACUAUGACUUUCACCGAUCUCAAUGGCUACAACAGUUACACUUUCAUCACGGUGGAGUCGAACGAGGAGACCGGUCGUUAUAUUGUAUACUCCAAAGAUCAGUGCGAGCAGGACGCUUAUGUAUGCUUAAUGAUGAGGCAACGUAGUGAAAAUAUACUGGAAUUUACGAUAGGGAUGGUCUUGAGUCCAGUUUAUCAAAACUAUUUAUGCGAUGAUCCGAAUUUGGACAAACCUGUGUGGAUGACUCAAGCACGGAUUGAACGUGCAGUAGAGUCGCCCUGUCCGAUUACGGGUCAGUACACGGGAAGAAUAACGGACCUAAUGGGAAUGUGCGCUGAAUUGAGCAGCAACUGUAAUACCCGCGAAGUAAUGUACUUUAGAGUCAGUGAUUGCGAUUCUGGAGAGCUGUAUGAAGAACGAACAUAUCUAUGCUUGGGACAAUGGGAAGAGAAAGGUGUGAUGUACACUUAUACCAUGCGAAACGACACUAAUACGAACGAGUGCUUCGUGGGUCUGAUUGUCAGCGACGAGGAGAUAUAUAUCAAGGAAGCUGGCGAUCACUGUAUGCGAAAUAUAGAUCCCAAAACGCAAGGCAUGCGUUUGUACAAGAAAGGACAAUGUUACGGGAAUUCUCCGAGUCCUGCACCAACGCCGAUAAGACCAAUACCUCACAAUCCGAUAAUGAGAAUUACGACGACUCCGACAUCGAAAGUACCAGGAAAUACUAAAGUGCCAGGUAAUGCAGUUUCGUCGUCGUUUUCCUGUAGAUCGGAUGUGUACACGAAUUUGGUACUUCUUACUUUUGUGCUUUUCUUCACUUUGCCCCUCGCGUGCAUCAAGAAAACUGCAUAUACAUUGGAAUAAUAAACACCUUCUUUGGAAUUUGAUAGUAAGCUAGUUAAUGAAUAUUGGUACUUGGAUGUACACUAAUAUGUUUUCGUUGUCCUCGCCCAACAAAUGAUCGAAAAAUAGGUAAGCAGAUUUAUUUAUUACAAGCGUCCUAAAGUGUUACUGCAGAAAAUGAAGAAAAUUUAUAUAUUCUGCAUUUUUUAUCUGGUACAUCCGUUCCGCCCACGUCAUGUUCCGUGAAAAUCUGCUUUUCAAGAGGUCAUCUUCUUUCUCGAAGAAUUUGUCGAAUUGGUGCACACUGAUGCAAUAUGUUAGAAUGAAAGAAUAUAUAUUUAUCUCACACUAACUUAUUGUAUCAGUAUAGCUAGCUCAUGAAGUUCUUUGAAGAAGAACAGUUCUCAUAUAAUUAUAAAGUGGAAAGAAAGUUUCGUCGUUCCCUCGGUCGAGCAGCCAAAUUUUUACGGCUAAUCUGUGAAGGAUUGCAGCUCCUUACUGACGAUUUAACGCUAAGGAACUUCAAUAAAUGGAAACAGAUUAGGUUUUCACCGUCAUGUUUAUGCACUGCCUUGUAAGAUACAGACGCUCAGAUCGAGACUGUGCAUUGUUGCGAAAAUCCAAAGAGUCUAUCGUUCGCAAUCCAACUUACGGCGAAUCGUUGUUUACGCGCAGACGGUUAGUGAUCUUUUCACUAAUAAAUCAACAUCACAGAAUAGAAAUACGACAUAAACGUAUAAAAGGGACUGACGGUACUAUUUUACAAUUAAUUCAAUAAUAGAUUCACAUUCAAGUUUAUUUCCUGAAGAUAAAUUUGAAAUUUUCAUCACUGAUGUUACAUACAGAAUGUUUAUUGCGUAACAGUAUCCAUUAUUUUUUACCAGUUACAGUAAUCAAACAGAAAACAGUUCUAGAUGCAAUUAAUCAAUUUUGAGACGGCAAUAAGAUGCAAUAAUAAAAGUUUCAAAACGUUCUUUUUUCGUGAAAAGAUUAAGAUCACUUUUACUUUUUUAAAUGGAACCAUAUCUUUCUUGGUAUUUUGACAUCAAUCUUCUUGAUAUUUAUCUUGAAUUUUUUCAACAAAAACGUUUCUGAAAUUUUUGUUCUUGCAUUUUAUUAUUGUUUAAAAACUGAUUAAUUACACACAGAAAAAAAUAUUAUUUAUAUAUAUUUAUAUAUAAUUAUAUAAAAUUAAAUAUGAUUAUAUAUAAAUUAUGAAUGAAUUUUUUGUCAAUAUAUAGUUACAUGUAUAAUCAUAUAUAUCCAGACGGACAGAAAUUAUUGUAUAUGGAAAAGGGAAUGAAUAAUUUCAUUCAAUUAAACGUCGAUAUCAUUCGCUGUCAGAAACACAAGCAUUUACUUCGAUUGUAUUUAUGUAAUAGCAUUUUUUUCACAGUGGGUAUAUAUGAUUAUAUAUGAUUAUUGAUAUAUACAUAUAUAUGAUUAUGACUAUGAUUAUAUAUGAUCUAAAACAUUUUACUGUUUGACCAAUGUAACUUAUAAAAAUACUGUUAAUGCGGAUACUCUGUAUAAAAUUUGUUUAAUUUUAAUUAAACAACCUGUCAAAUACCUACUAUACUGUUUAAGGUCGACAGUGAUAUUUUUUUUAUAUAAUAAAAAGUUAGGUCUCUUAAUUUUUAUAUAAUAAAAAUAGUGUCUCUUAAACGUCCGUAAAGCAGCAAGUAAGCCAUAAUAGACAGAAUAUAGCCUGAUAUAAAAGAAUACAAUAUAAAUUGCACAGUUGCAUAAGACUGAUACAAAGUUAUUUUAAUACAAUUCAACCUAUUUCUUUCUCUCCAUUAGAAAUAGAUUGCUCUAAGGGAUUGUUUUUACGCAAGUAUGUGAGAAAGAGUGUAUCUUUGCGAAAAACACAUAUCAAUCAGAUUGAGUUCGUAAAGUAGUAAAAAUAUCAAAAGUUCUAUGAAAGAACUGUGUAUGUGUGUGUGUGUGUGUAUGAGAGAAAGAGAGAAAGAAAAAGAAAAGAAAUUAGUAAUAUGCGAGAAGUAUCUCUUUUGCAAUUUCAAAUUUAAAAAUGUAUCUCUUCCUAUUUAUAUACGUGUAAGAAGUACUUUCGUGAAAUUAGAUAUUAAGACUCCUAAUCAGUCAGCUGAGAACUUUGUGUUGGCGACAUAAUUGUAAACGGCAAAAUGAUGAACUAUUAGGUUCACAAAGUGCAAAUUAUUGCAAGGAGUGAAAGAAAAUAUAUUUGUCUCUCUCUAGCUUAUUGCACCAAUGCAAAGUUUAUCGAAAACGAACCUAAUUAUGUAAACAGACGACCAAUUUUUUUCCUGCGAACUACAAUGUUAUUAUGGAAUGUAGUGCGUGUACAUAUAUGAUACAAUCGUGGAAAUGCUUCGGAUAUUGUGCUUAUUGUGAUAUUUAAUGCGUAUAAGUAAUUAUUCGGUCAUAUUCGGCACCGAGUGACAGCUGAUUUUCUGUUAAAAUGAGACGAUUUGUCACAUUUAUUUUGCGGUUAUAUGAUAAGUUAUUUCGGCAAAAGAAGAGUAUCCAGAGCAUUUCAGAAGUAUGUAGAACAGACUGCAAGUGUCAUUUUAAUGAUAUAUCUUUUUACUUAGCUGUGGUUCGCAGGAAUUUUAGGCAUGGUUUUCCUCGCUUCUGUCAAUUCAAUAUAGUCAUCAAUUCAAUAUGGUCGUGAUAACUAAUUAAGAGCCUUAAUAUAUAAAAGAAUUAAUGACACUUAAUGAGAUAAAGACAAGAACUUCACUAUCGAAUAACUAGACAGAUAUAAUGUUUCUUUGUACACUAUAAACACGGAUUAAAUUUAGUAUUACACAAUAAUGUAACAUUUACCGCAAACGCGCGUGAGGUUGAUACCAAAUUUACAUCUGUGUUAUACGUGGUUCUAGUUUACUCUCGCAUUUAAUGUAAUAAUGCGACAAAACGGAGAUAGGUGUAUAUACAUGUGCAAACUCGUCGAUUAUUUAUUAGUGUAUAAUAUCGAUAGUAUAACAAAUUUAACAAAAUAUACGUUUAUUUCUUUCGUUUAACUUGUACAGAAAAUUAUAAAGUAAUCUAGACUUAUUGAUACUAAAAAUUUUGUUUCACGUC